AUGUACAACAGAAGUCCCGUGUCCUCAUCAUCUUCAUCUGAACUGGCACUGCCACCUCCUCCGAUACCAACAGGCAAAGGUUCGCGAUCGGCUGCUAGUCCGGUGUUCUCAGAAUUCAUCGAUAGAUCAAAACAUGUUCCUGAAUUGACCUUCCCGGAACACGUACCUCGUGGUUUCGUUCCAGCAGUGGUUGAUUAUCAAUCACUUAAAUGGCGCGACAGUGAGUCAGUCGAGCGGCUUUUGAGGUCGGCUUUGGAAUUUGGAGUGUUUCGGAUUAGUGGUCAUGGAAUAACUGUGGAGGAGUUACGAGCAACUUUGGCUGAAGCUAAAUGGGUUUUUGGAUUAUCAAUGGACUGUUGUCGACGUUAUGGUGAUCGCCAAGAGUUCGUGUGGUGCCACUCAAACGAGGCAAUGGCGGAAAAGGCUGCAAAACAAGCUAUCAGAGGUGACCAAUAUCAAAGUUUCAGGGACAAGAUGGAGAAUAUUUCUAGUAAACUUGGAGCAAUUGCAGGAGUAUUGGCUCAGGUUAUCUCAGGGAGUAUGCGGAAGCAAUCUACAAAGACUAUUCAACCAAUUGAAUCAAUACUGAGCUUAUAUAGAUACAAUCCAGCUAACGACAUAGACCAAAGAUCGUAUACAUAUAAUGAAAUAGACCACGAUUCAUGCAAAUAUGAUCUACGGCUCAAUCUUCUGCUAGGGCAAGGAGCAUUCAGUACUGUCAAAUCAGAGAGACCUCAUUUGUCUUUCAACACAAGCCCUGAAACAAUUGUUGUCACCAUUGCGGAACAACUUGUGGAAUGCUGGAGCCUUGGAGAGUUCAAUUCUGAUCUUGGGAAAGUAGAUAAUUUUGAGUCAAACAACAUCGGAAGCCAGCCUUUAUUUUCUUUUGAACUCAAGUACUCGUUUCCAAAUCUAAAUCAACGUCUCAGCAGCGCUAAAAGGACAAUCUCCCUUGUUGAUCAGAUCAUAAUUCUCGCGAUUGUCACUCUCCUGUACAGAAUAUUUGCCUUAACAUUAUGUUGA